AUGCGGGCGGCGGGUCCGGCCCCGUUCGGAGGCUCUGCCGCCGCCGCCCGCGCUCCGCGGGGCCCCCGGGGCCGCCGCCGGGUGCGGCCGUCCUUCGUGGACGAGUCGCUGUUCGGCCGGCCCGCGGGGGCCCGCCCGCCGCCGCCCGCCUUCCCGCCGCCCUGGGCGGCCCCCGCGGCCGGCGGCUCCCGGCCCGGCAGCCAGUGCAGGUCCCGGAGCCACGCUCCGUCCUUCUGUGACGAGUCGCUGUUUGGUGCCAAGCCCCCGGGUCCUGCCCGGGCAGCUCCGCGGAUCAGGAAGGAGGAUGUGGCCAAGCUCCAUUCGCUGCUCUGGAGCCCCCCGCCUGCUCCCCAGAACCAGCCUGGCCUUUCCCCACACCGCAGGGGGACUCCCCUGCGAGCCGUCCACCCGCCGGCCUCGUCCGAGCCGGGCCACGAGGAGAAGUCGUGUGGCUGGAGGCAUCCCGGCAGCCACGCCUGCUCCAAAGGCUGCGGUGCUCCUGCCAGAGCACGUUCCCAGUCUGUCAGCCGGCUGAGCACCCCCCCGGACAGGACUCACCUUUCUUCCAACCUCGGCUCUGAAAGGUGGAAGAACCGGAGCACCCCAACAACCCCUGCUGCCCCCCAGGGCUCUCUGGUGAGGGGUCGGUCCAACAGCGUGUCCGGAUCUCCCGUGCCCAAGAAUGCCAAGGCAGCAGGUGGCUGCACUGCCAGACCCCCCUGGAAGUGAUGCCAAGUGUCCCUCUGGAUGUACAUACAGCCUUAGGCUGCCUGAGGCCUCCCUGUGACCAAGCCCACGAGGACCCUGCGCCUUUCUGUGGCUGGAAAAGAAGGAAGGGGCUGUUCCAUGCUGGGAGACACACCAGGAGCCAGAGGUGACAGCAGUGCUGGGAGCAGUGACCUGGUUCAGGGCACACCCCCAGGGCACCGGAGCAGGAGAGCCUGGUGGGAAGAGCUGCUUCCCGAGAUGUCCAGGGGUUGUCAGAGGAGGUUCCUGCUGUCUGGGAGAUCCAGCCGGGAGGUCAGAGCAGCAGGAGACAGGAGUACCCACAGUGCAGUCCAGGCACAGGUACAUGGACAGUGCAGGGACAGUGCAGCUCCCUGGGGACAGGCAGGGGCCGUGCAGCUCCCAGAACAGGGGGUGCUGCUGGGAUGGGGUCCCAGCUGAGUCUGGCUGGGACACUUGGGGUCUGAGAGCCCUGACUGGGACCUUUGCUGAGCUCAUGUGGUGAGAGGCAUCCUGCUCCAUCCUCCUGCCUGUGGGAAUGCAGGACAUCCCUAGUCUGGCCUGCUCGAGGCAGUCCAAGGUGGUAGAAACCCCUAGGAAUAGAGGCUGCACAGCCUCUCUGGCCUCCUUCCCACUGCUCCACUGUGCUCAAGGUGAAAAUUCUCCCUUUAUCCAGUCAGAGCCUUUCUAGUUUGAUUUUGUGUCUGUUCAUUCUGCACUCGAGCACAAACCUUGGCCCAACCCUCACGGCCGCCUCCUCUUUGCAGGUAUUGAGAGGCUGCUGAGGCUCUCCCAAAGGGUCCCUUCUCCAGGAAAUGAGCUCCAUUCCCUCUGCCUCUAUGCACAGCACGUGCCUUGGUGUCUCCCUGCUGUCCUUGCUUUGUGCCACCAACACCUUACGGACUCCUCUGACAAAGCAGGACAAGGGAGGACGAGCACAGAGGUGAGGGAAGCAUUGCCCUGCAUCCUGCUGGCAGUGGGACAGUCCCAGGCUGGAUGGGGUUUGUGACAGAGAAGGAUCUGCACAGGGAUUUUGGCAGCUCGUGGUGUGAGGAGGUGCUGAGUAAAUCCCUAAUUUUGUGGCUGAGGGUUGUGAGGUGCUCACAGCAGUGCCACAGUGUCACCAAAUAAGUGCUCCGAGACAAAUCUGGGAUCUGGGGCGUGCUGCUGAGUGAUCUGGGCACCUCCACAGCUCCUCCACUUCCUUUGCUGAGCUGGGAAAGAGCAGCUCUGUGUGUUUGGAGAUGCAUAAAGGACAUGGGGUGGGUGACUUGGAUUUGCAGUCACUGCUCCCUGGGGAGGGAGGCUGCAGUGAGGAGCUGCUGAGGUUACUGGGAGUUUGGUAACUCCCAUGCUGAGGGAAACGCUCAAAUUCACCCAAGGACACGCCAAGCCAGGUUAAGAGCAUCAUUCUUCCCCCAGAAAUUAUUUUAUUGCACCUUGAGCAGCAGCAGGGUUGGCCCUUGACCCACUCAGCAGGUGGAGCUGGAGCCAGCCAGGAGCCUGCACUGGGAGGAACUUCUGCUCAUGUCUUGGCCUGACACGUAGCAAGAAUAACCUGACAUUAAAACCUGAGAAGGUGAGUGAGGAUCCUUGUGAUUUGCUCCGAGCUCUCGGAUCUCUCCCUGUGCUUCCCACUGAGGCAAUCCUGCAGCUCUUCUCCACCUGGGGUAAAACUGGAAGGACAGGAAACAAUUUGGCCUUGUCCGAGGAGGGGCUGGGAGUGCUGGUGUCAGUCCGAGGCUGACCAGCUGUGUUUGGGAUGUGGGCACAGUGACGUGCAAGCUGUGGAGGCUGCAGGUCUCACGGGGCUGGGAGAGUCCAGAUGUGAUUUGGACACUAGAUGGAGACAAGAGCGUGGAGGAUUGACACGGGAGCAGGAAUGCUGUUCCAGCAGCUGGUGGGAGAUCCAGUGAGGCGAGUCCUCAGCAAACUGGGGGAACUGCUUUGGAAUCUAAGCAGCAGAGAACUGAACCAGUGGGAUCUUGGGGAGCUGGAGUCCUUGAAAAAGGAAGCCUCUUAAAAUAAGGAGAGAUUUUAUCUGAAAAUCAAGUUCAUAGCGGCCUGUAUGGCCAGGAUUGGCCACUUUACCCCCACUGCUGCACUCAGUGUCCAAGGAAUGUGGGGAAAACUAGAGGUCAUCUCAUGAGCCACACUUUCCUGUCCCGCGCUGGCCCAGGCUGUCACCAAGGCCUUCCAGGAGCUCAGAACUGGCACUUCCUUGCUAUGUACAACAUGAGUACAAUGUUGGUUAAGUA